AAUUACUUCCUGCUCUCCUCAUCCAUGGAUAAGACCGUCCGGCUCUGGCACAUAUCCCGGCGGGAAUGCCUCUGCUGCUUCCAGCACAUCGACUUUGUCACGGCGAUCGCCUUCCAUCCUAGGGAUGACAGAUACUUCUUAAGCGGCUCGCUGGACGGCAAACUUCGGCUCUGGAACAUCCCUGACAAAAAAGUGGCCCUUUGGAACGAGGUGGACGGACAGACCAAGCUGAUCACUGCGGCAAACUUUUGCCAGAAUGGCAAAUACGCCGUGAUCGGCACCUACGACGGGCGGUGUAUCUUCUACGACACAGAGCAUCUCAAGUAUCACACUCAAAUCCACGUGAGGUCGACCAGAGGACGGAAUCGAGUGGGGAGGAAGAUCACGGGGAUCGAGCCCCUGCCGGGUGAAAACAAGGCGCCUUGAAGGCGGACCACACCGAGGUACUUCUCUCGGCUGAUUUCACCGGAGCCAUCAAAGUCUUUAUCAACAAGAAGAAGAAUCUCUCUUGAAGAGCCGCCGGUAACUCCGCAACCUUGCCAUCAUGGUACCCGAGUGUGAAUUUUGUGCUUGGUGACGCAGCGUAUAUAAUCUCGCGCUGGAGGUUGGCUUAGCGUUCAAUUCCUUCGUUUAAGGCUGCUGCACUUGGAGCGCCCGAAAAAACCAGCCUCUCUCUCUCUCCCUCUCCUCCACUCCUCUUAAAGCCCCCCCACCCUCCCCACCGCUUUUUAGAUUAGAAAGCGAAGAGCGGCCAGCAGCCUCUCUCAAAACGAGACAAACCAGCCUUCGCGGUUUCUGAAUAAUUCCGCUGCUAUGUCGAUGCGCCCGGAGGCGGAAUAAUCUCGCACGAAAAGUACGGCGAAGACAUUUGCCCGCAGAGAUGUUCCUUUCGGGGGGGGCGGGGAGUCACCCAGGAACAGUUUUGCACAGGUGAAAAAUUUAGUUGAUUCCGUGGCCGCUACACCCCCCACCUCCGAUACUUUGCAAUUGCACACAAAGUAAAUGCCCUCCCCGCCCGCCCGGAAUCCCGCCCUCUGCAAAAAGCGGAUCUAUUUUUUAAUUUCCCGUAACCGAGCUGCAUUUCUGGCCAGAACCUUUUAAGUUCCGUGAGAUCGAUCCUCUCUCUUCGAAUCCUGACCCCGCAGAUGGAUUUAGCGGCAAUCUCGUUUCGGUGUUUUAUAACGUGGACUUCUGUGGUCUUCUCACUGUUGUGCCCCCCCCCCCCGGCCCCCGAUUCUGUUCUGUUCCCCUUUUUUUGCACACUGGAGCACAAUAUUUCUACGAAAGAGUUUUCUCAUUCCUUAAUCCCCAGGCACAGGGGGGAUAUAGUACGUUCACUUUAAAGCGACUUAAAAAGCUGCAUUAGGAACAAUUCUUAUAUUUUACAAGCGCUGUAAAAUAAAAAAACUGUUUACAUAUUUUUAAAAAAAAGAUACUGUAGUUUUAAGUUUUUGUUUUUUUGUUAUCCUUGUUUAGAGUUAAAACUGAAUUUCCAAGGCUUUGUAAAUAUUUGUAAAAGAAGAACCAAUGACGCAACCUUUUCCGCAGGGCUGGGGGUGUGAAAAACCUGCAGGAAAGGUUGUUGAGGGUGGCAGCUGCUUAAGAAAACAAAGGAUGUGUUAUUAAAAAUGGGUCACACUGAGAAAAA